AUGGAAAUCCACAUUCCUUCAGCUUCAGAGUCAAAUACAGGAGAUAAACUGUUAUGGACCUACAUCCAGCUGGUUAAAGGGCUAGCACCUAAGAUUCAAAUAUUCGUGUGGAGAAUUCUGAAGAAUGGACUAGCUGUAGCAGGUAAUAUAAGCAAGCAUAUAAAUGAUGUAAAUGCAGACUUUGUUAUGGAUACUCAGGCUGCUUUAUUUGCAUCUCCUCUAAAUUUCAGAAUUCAUCCGGAGUCUAAUGGUACAAUACAAGAUUAUAUUGUGAGAUGGAUCAAUGAAGGAGGUGACUAUUCAAGACUGAAAAUGGGGGCUUGUAUGCUAUGGGCUAUCUGGAAGACUAGAAAUAGGGUCAUAUUUGAAAAAGCCGAGUUUAAUAUCACUGCAAUAAUUAAAGAAGCUCUGGUUUGGUCCAAAGAAAGCUGGGAACCUCCUCCAAGGAAUAAAAUAAAGGUAAAUUUUGAUGGUGCCGCUGGAGACAGAGGAUAUGCCUGUAGUGCUAUUGCUAGAAAUUGGGAGGCUGAAUUUAAAGGAUGCCAGAAUAAGGAACUUACUUACAUGUCUGCAAUGGAAGCCGAGGCAAAUGGAGCUUUACUAGCAGUGGAACUUGCAGCAAGCAGAGGUUAUAAAGAAGUAAUUACUGAAGGGGAUUCGCUUAUAGUCAUCAACAGCCUCAAGUACAAAAACUAUCAGCAUUCUUGGCGAAUUCAGAACAUUAUUAGCAAGAUACAAGACCUUUCUCGAAGUUUCAAUUCUGUUACAUUUCUAAAUGUCAGAAAAGUGGCCAACUCAGUGGCUCAUAACUUGGCAUCUCACGCUGUUACUAACCAUUCCUCUGGAACUUGGUUGGAUCUCCCUCCUUCGUGUAUAGCAGAUUUCAUCAAGAGUGAAGCUACUUUCUCUAGUUAG